UUAGGGGUGCAACCGGAUGGGGUUAUCCAGGGCUUUAGGGGUGCAGCUGGGUGGAUUUAUCCCGGCUGGAUGGGUUUAUCCCGGGAUUUAGGGUCCCAGCAGCCCCGGGAUCGGCCCGGGUGAGCUCCAGCCCGAGUUCCCGGUAAUCCCGGGCCAGUUCCUGCCGCUCCCGGAGCGUCCCCGCAUCCUCCCUUGGUGCUGCUGGCGCCGCGGGAGGCGCAGAUGGAGCGGAGCAGACGCCGCCUGUGGGAAGCGGCGUCGGGAACGCGCCCGGGGACGGCUCCAGCUGGCGCCCGCGGGUGGCGGCGGCUGCGCGGGGACAUCCCGGAGCCAUCUGUCACCCGCAGCCCGCCCAGAACCGCCCCCGGCCCCGCAGCGCCCCGUGGGGAGCGAUCCCGGGCCCGGGGGGGCAGGGUUUGGGAUCAGGGAUGGGAUCGGGGAGCGGCCCCGAAGGGACACAAAUCUUUGGGAUCAGGGAGCAGCAGUGGCAAUGGAGCUGCCCCAAAGGGGACAGAAAUCUUUGGGAUUCGGGACCCGCGGUGACAAUGGAGCCACCUCUGAGGGGACGCAAAUCUUUGGGAUCAGGGAGUAGCAGUGACAAUGGAGCUGCCCCAAAGGGGACAGAAAUCUUUGGGAUUCGGGACCCGCGGUGACAAUGGAGCCACCUCUGAGGGGACGCAAAUCUUUGGGAUCAGGGAGCAGCAGUGGUAAUGGAGCAGCCCCCAAGGGGACAGAAAUCUUUGGGAUUCGGGACCCGCGGUGACAAUGGAGUUGUCCCUGAGGGGACACAAAUCUUUGGGAUCAGGGAGCAGCAGUGACAAUGGAGCUGCCCCAAAGGGGACAGAAAUCUUUGGGAUCAGAGCUGUGAUCAGGGAGUAGCAGUGACAAUGGAGUUGUCCCUGAGGGGACACAAAUCUUUGGGAUCCAGGAGCAGCGGUGACACCGGGUCUGUCCCUGAGGGGACACAACUCUUUGGGAUCAGAGCUGGGAUUGGAGAGUAGUGGUGACAAUGGAGCUGCCCCAAAAGGACACAAAUUCUGGGAUCAGGGAGCAGUGGUUACAGUAGAGCUGUCCCUGAGGGGACACAAAUCUUUGGGAUCAGAGCCGGGAUCGGGGAGCAGCAGUGACAAUGGAACGGCCCCAAAAGGACACAGAUUUUGGGAUUAGGGAGAAGCAGUGACAGUGAAGCUGCCCCAAAAGGAGGGAGUGGUGGUGACAAUGGAGCUGCCCCUGAGGGGACACAAAUCUUUGGGAUCAGAGCUGGGAUUGAGGAGCAGUGGUGACAAUGGAGCUGCCCCUUAGGGGACACAAAUCUUUGGGAUCAGAUCUGGGAUUGAGGAGCACUGGUGACAAUGGAGCUGCCCCUUAGGGGACACAAAUCUUUGGGAUCAGAGCUGGGAUUGAGGAGCACUGGUGACAAUGGAGCUGCCCCUUAGGGGACACAUCUUUGGGAUCAGAUCUGGGAUUGGAGAGUAGUGGUGACAAUGGAGCUGCCCCAAAAGGACACAAAUUUUGGGAUCAGGGAGCAGCAGUGACAAUGGAGUUGCCCCUAAGGGACACAAAUCUUUGUGAUCAGGGAGCGGCGGCGACACCGGAGCCGCCCCAAAGGGACACAAAUCCCCGCGGCCCAGCCCCUCCAUGGCCGCUCCUCCGGCUGGAGCCGCCCCGUCCCGGGAGGUGGCCCUGCCCUGGCACGGGUGGAACCGCGCCGUCGUUACGGUCCCUGCCACCCGCACACCGUUCCAAGGUUCCAGCGCUGGUUCUCUGUGAUGUCACUCCGACCUGCUGGCAGCAGAGGUGACAGCUCCGCUCUGGCUCUGCCACCUGCUGCGCUGGCUCUGCCACUUGCGAUGGCGCCGACGGCUUUGCUGUGGCUGCUCGUGCUGCUGGCCCUGGCUGGUCCCGUGUGGGGCACCUGGGACACCUGCAGGGGCACCUGCGGGCUCCGGCCCAUGGCGUUCGACCACAGCUCCGUGGCUGCUGAGUAUUCUCAGGACGACUACGACUCCUUGGAUACUUCCGAUGGCACCGCCCAGUACACGGUUGGAUCCGCUGGAGUCCACCCGGGGGCCUGGCCUGGGGUCAUCAGCGUCCAGGCCACCUGGGACAAUGGCACAUGGCACAUGUGCUCGGGAGCACUCAUCCACCCCCAGUGGGUGCUCACCGUGGCUCACUGCUUUGCCCAUGCUGGAGACAUCUCCAGGUGGGAGGUGGUGAUUGGGGCCACUGAUCUGAGCCAGCCGGGCCCUGAGGCCCAGCUGCGCCACAUCAAGACCCUGCUGGUGCACCAGUACUACGAACCCCGCACGGCGCGGAACAACAUCGCCCUGCUGGAGCUGGACCAGCCCGUGGAGUGCAGUGACUACAUCCAGCUGGGCUGUGUGCCCGACAGCUCCCUGGCAGUGUCCGACCUCAAAACCUGCUACAUCGCGGGCUGGAGGGCCAUCCCAGACAGCGCCCCCAACCCACGCCUGGUGCUGCAGGAGGCCAAGGUGCGGCUCAUCGAUGUCCAGCUGUGCAACAGCAGCCGCUGGUACGGGGGGGCCGUGCACCCCCAGGACCUGUGUGCGGGGUACCCGCGGGGCGGCAUCGACACCUGCCAGGGGGAUUUCGGGGGUCCCCUGGUCUGCAAGGACAACACCGGUGACUACUUCUGGCUGGUGGGCCUGACCAGCUGGGGCAAGGGCUGUGCCGGGGCCAAGCGGCCCGGGGUGUUCACGUCCACGCAGCAGUUCCACACCUGGAUCCAGGUGCAGAUGGGGCUGCUCCCGCCUGAAGCUGACACUCCUCCGCCCGAGCCCAUCCCGAGCCCGGAGGAAGAGCCCGACGCUGACCUGGAGGAUGAGAUGAAUCCCAACCCGGAUGACUCGGAGGAUUACUCGAAGGUUUCAUUCCAACAACAGAUCCUGGGGAAAUUCCUGAACCUGCUGCUGGAGCUCCUGCAGUUCCUGAAGGGAGAGAAAGCCUGAGCAGCGGGAUGAGCUGAUCCAGUUCUGGCAAGCAUUCCCUGCUGGGGCCGUGGCUGUGGGGCCAACCCAGCCCCGGUGCCCAGGGCUGCUGUGCCCUGCCCACGCUGACCCCUGCGCCCACCCCGACGGUGAAUCCAGUUUGUUCUUCAAUUAGAGUAG